UAUACUCUAUCAAACCCUUCUGGCGCAGCCUCCUUCAAGCUGCUGAGCAAUUUGUCGACGUUCAUAGAGUGAAGAACUGAAAAUGGUCCAAAGACUUACAUAUCGCAAGCGGCAUAGCUACGCAACAAAGUCCAACCAGCACCGGGUCGUCAAAACUCCUGGUGGGAAAUUGGUUUAUCAGAGCACGAAGAAGAGAGCGAGUGGGCCCAAAUGUCCUGUUACUGGCAAGAGAAUUCAAGGAAUUCCUCACUUGCGACCUGCUGAAUACAAGAGGUCUAGAUUGUCUAGGAACCGCAGGACUGUGAAUCGUGCUUAUGGUGGUGUUUUGUCUGGCAGUGCCGUCAGGGAGAGGAUAAUUCGAGCCUUCUUGGUGGAAGAGCAAAAGAUUGUGAAGAAGGUAUUGAAGAUUCAGAAGGCAAAGGAAAAGCUUUCCUCAAAGAGCUGAAAUAUCAUUUAGGGGACGGCGUUGUUUUACAUAAAUUUUGUUUGUGGCUAUGAUGAAAUUAAAAUAUGAAAUUGAAAUGCGUGAAAAACUAGCUCCGUUGAAGACCAGCACUUGUACUUUGUUUCUUUCCUUAAGCUGCAAACUGUUGAGUAUUUUGUUUCAUGAUGACGACUAUUUGCUUGUUGAGGUAAAUCAUGUUAUUGAAUUCUCUAUAAUAGCCUAGUUUGUGUUCUAUUGUUUCUCCCUGUAUGCUACAUUUGGAAGUCGAAAAUGUCUGGUUUGUUUUGUGAGAAUUUUCUAUCAUCUGCAGAA